AUGUCUUCAUCUGAGGAUGACGUUGUUGUUGCCUAUUUAUACUUAAAAAAAAGAAAGAGGCAAAGAAAGAGGCGGUUUUGGAUUCAUCCACACUAUAUUAGAAAUGUGUGCUACAGUACAUUUAUUGUUUCAAAAGAGUUGGAUCAAGAUCCAGAAAAAUUUCAUGGUUACUAUCGCAUGAAUCCCGAAACAUUUACAAUCCUUGUAAAUAUAGUAGAAGCAAGUAUAAGGAAAAGAGAUACUAAUUUUCGUCAAGCAGUAAGCGUUGAAGAAAGACUUCUUAUUACAUUAAGGUAA